GUUUAUGAUCCUCCUGCCCUUUACCGUCGAAAUGGAGCUCGGUGGAAAUUAGCAGGCGCGUACCUCUUCGACUCCUCGCCCUCACCUUUGGAGAAUGAUCCACCGGCAGGUUAUUUUAUCCCAGGUUUUGGUCUUCUUUGGGUUGACUGGUCAUUAUGCUGAUGCAGCUCUGUAGUUUCAAGAACUUGUACCAGAAUCGGUUCCUGGGCCUGGCGGCCAUGGCUUCCCCGACCCGCAGCAGCCAGACCCGCCAGCGCUGCAAGGAUGCGGUUCGUCACAGCUACGGGCCAGAGACCUACGCUGUCAAUGGUCUGAACCAGGAGGCCUUCAUGCUGGGUCUGCCGCGGUCCACCAGUGACACUGAUCUGGUCUCCCCGGACGCCCGUUCCACCCUCACCAUCAGCUCCUCCCACUACACCAUAGGCCAGUCUGAAGACCUGGUGAUCACAUGGGACAUCAAGGAGGAAGUGGAUGCUGGAGACUGGAUCGGAAUGUAUCAUGUUGAUGAGGCUUUGUCUGAGAACUUUCUGGACUAUAAGAACCGAGGCAUCAACGGCUCUCACAAGGGACAGAUAGUUUGGAAAAUUGACUCCAGCUCCCACUUCAGUGACUCUGAGACCCAGGUCUGCUUCAGAUACUACCACGGUGUUACCGGAGCACUGAGGGCUACCACACCCACCGUAACCAUCAAGAAGGGCCCUGCACCUGUAUUAAAGCCAGUGGUUAGUCCUGAAGUCAACCAUGGACUGGGCAACCGGAGACUCAUUAACUUUUCAUUGUCAGACCUCCAGGCAGUUGGUUUGAAGAAGGGGAUGUUCUUCAAUCCUGACCCCUACCUGAAGCUCUCCAUCCAGCCUGGAAAGCACAGCAUCUUCCCCUCGCUGCCACACCACGGCCAGGAGAAACGCUCUGGAGUGGUCUGCAACACAGUCAACCCACAGUGGAACGCGGAGAGGUUUAACUUCGUGUCUCUGCCCACUGAUGUCCUGGAGAUCGAGGUGAAGGAUAAGUUUGCCAAGAGUCGGCCAAUCAUCAAGCGCUUCCUGGGGAAACUCUCUGUCCCUGUCCAGAGGCUCCUGGAAAAACAUGCCAUUGGGGAUCGGGUGGUGAGUUAUUCUCUGGGUCGCAGGCUGCCAACAGAUCAUGUCUGUGGCCAGCUGCAGUUCCGCUUUGAGCUGACCUCCUCUAUUCACCCAGAUGAUGAGGAGGUCUCCCUGGUCAUAGAGCCAGCCUGUCCUGAGGGGGAACAUGCAGCAGAUGUCAACCAUGCUGCUGAUGCACCUGAUGACGACACGUUAAGUGUGGGACCUGACAUGCCUGACCUCCCCUUGGAUGCCCCUCCCGACCCUGAGACCUCCACGCCUCCAGUCUCCACAGCUGAGGUCUCUGCACCCGAGGAGGUCCUACCUGCUGCUGAGAAGGAAGAGGUCGAGGUGUCAUCAGGGGUGGAGCUUGGAAAUGUGGAGGAGGAGAGCACAGUGAGGGAGGAGCCCCUGUCUGCUGAGCCCCAGGUGGAGCAGGAGGAAGGAGCAUCAGCUCAACAGCAGGAGGAGAGCAGUCAAGUGGGGGAAAAGGAGGGAGGAAAGGAGGAAAGACAGCAGGAGGAAAGAGAGGAGGAGCAGACAGAAGGGUCUGCGCCACAGGCUGAGGAGGUAACAGAAGAAGAAAAGGAGGUGGGUGGGGGGACGCAGCCAAAGCCAGACUCUGACAGUACUGUAGCAGUAACAGCAAAUGAUGGUGCCACUGCUGCGGAGGCUCCCACAGAGGAAAACAGCACAUCCCAGGAGGCUCCUGCAGAACCAGCUGAAGGUUCCCCACAGGAGGCGACAGAGGGAGGAGAGAGAAGCCGCGCCCCGUGCGCUUGCCAGUCCGUCUUUUCAAACUACAACUCCCAUGCUCCCUCGCGCCGUAAAAACCGCCCCUGCUCCCUUCCGGUGUCAGAGCUGGAGACGGUGAUCGCCUCAGCCUGCGGCGAGCCGGAGACGCCACGAUCCCACUACAUCCGAAUUCACCACCUCCUUCACAGUCUCCCCUCGGCCCAACACAGACCACCCAGCCAAGAGGAGGAGGAGGCUGGAGACGGAGAGAAUACAAAUAACACUGAAGACACGACCUCCACAUCGCCAACACUCAAAACCUCUAAAGACAGAGAGGACGAGGGGCAGGAGGACGAGGAAGAGGAGGAUACGACCCAGUCUCCCUCUCAGGUCUUGGAGUGUCCUGGUCCCUGCUGCCGUCGGUCUCUACCCCGCAGCCUCUCCAUUGAACGCCUUUGUGAGCUGAACCAGCUCCUGGAAGGUGAAGGAGGAGGACACGCAGCUGUUAGGAGGGUCUCGCCCUCCUGCUUGGAGAGCGAAGACUCCAGUAACGGAGGAGGAAGAAGAGUCGGCGGGAGCACCCACAGACCUCCAGGUGAAAACGAAUGUGAGUUUUGCGACACUUCCUGCUACAGCACCUCCUGCUACAGCACCUCCUGUUACAGCACGUCAUGCUACAGCAACUCGGGCUACGAGGGCAGGAGCCGCUUCUGCAGCCACACCCGCCUCUCCUCAGUGGACAGCAACAGACUCUCCGGCAGCACCGUCUUCUCCUCCCAGGAUGAAGACGAAGAUGAGGAGAGCGCCUUCGAGUCGGUACCUGACGCCGGCAACACGCCGGAGGGCCAGGAGGUGGGCGGGGCAGGAGGAGAGAGGAGGACGGGGAGGUGGAAAGAGGCCAGGAGGGGAGAGCAGGGGGAGCCAGCCGUGGCCGGGCCCAGCGAUAGAAACAGCAUCGGCUCAGACUUCUCCCCUCCUGUUGGCCAACUUCCAGUCCUGCGACCCAGCCAUGACCUAAACCAUUUUCCUGCUGCCACUGACCAAGCCUUACCUCCAAACUGGGAAGCUCGCAUCGACAGCCACGGCAGAGUUUUCUACGUGGACCACGUCAACCGGACAACAACCUGGCAGAGGCCGAGCCACGGCGGCAAGUGCAACCACGGCAUCCCCCGCUCAGGAUCCACCCAGCAGAUGGAGCAGCUCAACAGGAGGUACCAGAACAUCCAGAGGACCAUGGCCACAGAGGAGGAAGGAGGCAGUCAGAGGUUGGAGCGGAGCGGCAGUACAGAGAAUGAUUCUGAUUCUGUUCAGACAGGCCCCUCCUCCCCUGUCAAUCACCAGAAGAUCAGCCAUCUCCUCCAAUCACCUGCUGUCAAGUUUAUCACACACCCAGAAUUCUUCACUAUGUUGCACAGUAACUAUGCAGCCUACCGGAUGUUCACCAGCAGCAGCUGCGUGAAACACAUGAUCCUGAAGGUGCGCCGCGAUGCCAGGAACUUCGAACGCUACCAACACAACCGGGACCUGGUGGUUUUCCUCAACAAGUUCGCAGACACCCAGCUGGAGCUACCGAGGGGCUGGGAGAUCAAGACCGACCCCCAGGGCAAGUCGUUCUUUGUGGACCACAACAGCCGAGCGACGACCUUCAUCGACCCUCGCAUCCCACUGCAGAACGGCCGGCUGCCUGGCCACCUGGCCCACAGACAACACCUACAGAGACUACGCAGCUACAGCGCAGGGGAGGCCUCUGAUGUGUCGAGGAGUCGCGGGGCUUCUCUGAUGGCCAGGCCCGGAAACAGUCUGGUAGCCGCCAUCCGGAGCCAGCAUCACGCUGACUCACAGCAGCUGACCGCUCCAUCUUACAAUGACAAGAUAGUGGCGUUCCUUCGUCAGCCGAACAUAUUUGACAUGUUGCAGGAGCGACAGCCGAGCCUGAGCAGAAACCACGCACUGAGGGAGAAGAUCCACUACAUCCGGACAGAAGGUACCCAGGGAGUGGAGAAGCUGUCAUGUGAUGCAGACCUGGUCAUCCUGUUGAGUUUAUUUGAGGAGGAAAUCAUGUCCUAUGUUCCGCCUCAUCCCAUCCACCCCGGCUUCAGCUUCUCUCCUCGCUGCUCGCCCGCCUCCUCACCACAGAACUCUCCUGGCUUGCAGAGAGCCAGGGCUCCAGCUCCUUACCGCAGAGACUUUGAAGCCAAGCUCAGAAACUUCUACAGGAAAUUAGAGGCCAAGGGCUAUGGCCAAGGACCAGGCAAGAUCAAGUUGCUGAUAAGGAGAGAACACCUGCUGGAAGGAACCUUUAACCAGGUGAUGGCGUACUCCCGCAAAGAGCUGCAAAGGAACAAACUCUACGUCACCUUCCUGGGGGAGGAGGGAUUAGAUUACAGCGGCCCGUCCAGAGAGUUCUUCUUCCUCUUGUCUCAGGAGCUGUUUAAUCCGUACUAUGGUCUGUUUGAAUACUCAGCCAAUGACACUUACACCGUUCAGAUCAGCCCCAUGUCAGCAUUUGUAGAGAACCAUCUGGAAUGGUUCCGUUUCAGCGGUCGUAUCCUGGGCCUGGCUUUGAUUCACCAGUACCUGCUGGAUGCUUUCUUCACCAGACCCUUCUACAAGGCCCUGCUCAGACUACCGACAGACCUGUCUGACCUGGAGUAUCUGGACGAGGAGUUCCACCAGUCUCUGCAGUGGAUGAAAGACAACGACAUCACAGACAUCCUGGACCUCACCUUCACCGUCAAUGAGGAAGUGUUUGGCCAGGUGACGGAGCGGGAGUUGAAGUCAGGUGGUUCCAACCUGCAGGUGACUGAGAAGAACAAGAAGGAUUACAUAGAGCGAAUGGCCAAGUGGAGGGUGGAGAGAGGAGUGGUACAGCAGACUGAGGCACUGGUCAGAGGCUUCUACGAGGUGGUAGACUCCAGGCUGGUGUCUGUGUUCGAUGCACGGGAGCUGGAGCUGGUUAUUGCCGGGACAGUUGAGAUCGACCUCGGUGAUUGGAGGAGCAACACAGAGUACAGAGGAGGUUACCAUGACGGUCACAUCGUGAUGCGGUGGUUCUGGGCCGCCGUCGAGCGGUUCAACAAUGAGCAGCGGCUCCGCCUGCUGCAGUUUGUCACAGGGACAUCCAGCGUGCCCUACGAAGGCUUCGCCGCCCUGCGGGGAUCCAACGGCCUCCGACGCUUCUGCAUCGAGAAGUGGGGCAAAGUCACAUCGCUACCCAGGGCUCAUACCUGUUUCAACCGCCUGGACCUGCCUCCAUACCCUUCAUACACCAUGCUGUAUGAGAAACUGCUGAUCGCAGUGGAGGAAACCAGCACGUUUGGUCUGGAGUGAGACAGAAAAGAGCGACAAAUCGACGCUGCAUCCCUCUUCAUGGAACGCUGGCUGGGCCAAACUGUGGAGAAAAAAACAGCUCCUAUGGACUUAUUAUGUCCUAAAGAUAUAUGGAUUGUACUCAACAAAGCUUUGGGACGUAUGGAUAUAUGUACGUCACUGUUACGGUACUAUGUGGUGAAGUCUUUCACUUCGUUACGUGAUCGAUCUUUAUGAGAGCACCCUGCACUUAGGACACCACAGCAGGACUACAGUUAUUUUUAUAUUAAUAAUUAAGACUGGAGAAUAUGAAACACUACACUGGCUUUUUUUUUUUAAAAAGGAAAUGAUAUAUAUGGUAAACGUAUACCCAAAGAAAGGGUAUGUAAAAUGGAAUCAAGAUCAUUUAUAGUUUGCAUGUACCAAAAUGCAUCAUCCAUCCAGUGAUAAAAAAUAUUUACAGUGAUAACAAAUGCUAACAAAUACUAACAGCAACAAGUAAAGAGAAAUGUACAGAAAGUAAGAAAAAACAACUGAAAACAAGACCUUUACGUAAAAUCUAAAACAUAACUAUGACAGCUAAAUACUUGAGAACUUGAUGGAUUUUAUCUUUAAAUUUAUCCUCACACCUGAGUCGAAAAUUUGAAUUGACAGAAAAGAUUUAAGUAAUAAAGUAAAGACGGAAAAAUAAAAGAAAUACAGACAAGACAAGCAUUAAUAGGAACCUGUUCAACACAUCAAAUUAUAAUUGGGAAAGUUGCAGCUUGUAACACAUCUGAACGUUGACUUAUGAAUUCGUAAAUCUUUUCUGUGAAUUUGUAAAUCUUUUCUGUGAAUUCGAACUUGAAUGCUAAUGAACUGUGCAAAGUCCUGCACACAAACUCUCAGGUGGUUUGCUGCUCUUAUACAUUCAGAUAAAAGUAAAUUAUUUAUCAUUUCAGAUAAUCUAUAAAUGUGGCUUUAAAGAAGUGGUUCAAAGUAUGAUGCAGAGGUCUAGGAACCCUAAUGCAAAAGGAACAAUCAUGUCUAGUUUUUAAUCAGGAGAGUUUAGGAUUAUUAUGUAUUUUGUCUGGACCUUGGCGAGUCAAUAGGAUCCUGCCUUUAGAUCUCAGACUGGGAUCAAAAGAAACACUGAGUCAGAUACCAGCCAUUCCAAGGCCUUAGGGGUGAUCAGUAGAACCUUACAAUCAAAUCUAAAAUUUGAACCAGUAUAAAGAUUCUUAAAUUGCAUAGCUCUUGUCUGUUUGCUCUAAUGAGAGCAGUAGUCGCAGCACAUGCGCGAUGGGAGAGGGAAUUUGGACAACAGAUGAAAGUAUCCAGAGCUGCGGAGGUCUAAGGACGAAGACAUAAGCAUUGGUAGACAGAUGCAGAUCAGAUAAAUGUCUGCAGAUGACACAGUGAAUCCAGGAGGAAGCUUGUUAGUUAAUGCGAAAACAGAACCCAGGAUUUGGAUAAGAUGACCAAAAUGAUCUACUAGGAAGACCUGGACCUCUGAGGCUAUGCUCUCAGUUAAGUAUAGCAAUUCAAUGUUAGUAAUCUGAAAGCCAGUGCUGUUCUUCAGCGAGCUCCUCAGUAAUGUGCAGAGACACUUGAGGAAGUGCUGAGAGUCUUUCAGGAAAUUGAGAAUGUGCUUAGAAAUAGGAGUGAUCUGGCACACUGAACCUGGGGAAAGAGUAAUAUAGGAAUACUUCAUAAACAGUUGUCCUUUAGUUUGGAUAAAGUAUACUGACAGCAAAUCCAGGUAAAGGGUGUAGUACACCCUCUUAAACUGGGGAGUCUAAUGGGUGAAACUACUACAAUACAUUGUCUGAUUCUGAUACUCAUGAAGUAUUGGUAUCGUCCAGGAAGGCCUCGUGCAGCUUCCUGUUCCCUGUGUCCUUGUGGUUUGGUCCAAAGUAGCUGGGCACAGACAUUUUCAUGCUCUCCUUUGGAUGGACGGCAAUGUUUCUUGUUCAGUGAGGCUUUCAAACACAGAGACAACGAUGUCAUGUCUCCUCUAACAAAGUAGCCAUCAAUUCCAACGCAAGGGCUUCUGGGAUUCCUUCUGUGGAGACUGAGUGUGAUCUCGCAAACAGGUACUUCAUGAAUCCUUGAUGACCAAGAAUUCACAUGUGGACACUCCGGCUGGAUAAAAGGGACUUUCUAUGAAUCUUGUCAGCCAGAAUGGUGCUUCACCUGUCAGCAUCUCUGGCCCUGCUGUUUGAAUGGGAGCUCUUUGUACUCUUAUUCAAGUCUUCCACUUCCAACUUCUCUCUGUCUGUGUACCAUCACCAUGGUGUUGCUCUGUGCACGGAGCAGGUACUCCAGUAUCUGAACCUUUACUGUCUCAAACAACGUGACUGGUUCAAAGCAGCAUGUGGGUCUUCAAGGGCUUCGUCGGAUCGGCCUCCUUGUCACGAUCCAGCCCACCCCUGGUGUAAACUUACAAUGUGGACAGGGGCCCUUGGACGAACCAGUGUAAUAUAUGCAAUAGUCAAGACCUUAACUUAAAUCUGUUCACAGUCUGCCGUGUUCUUUCAGACAGUGACUGACUGCAGUGUUCCCUCAGCAUUCCCAGCCCUUUGUCUACAUCUCAAGUCCAGUAAUGAAACUGUGCCUCAGUUACUUACUGCCUCAUACGUGGCCUGUGGUUUUGUGGGGCUUUGCGAUUCGCACUUGAGCCUCAUAUAAGAAAAGUCCUGACUUCAGAUAUAUGCAUUUUUAAACAGUUUGCAUGUUCUCCUAGUGUUGGCGUACGUUCCCUGUCACGUUCCAAACACAAGUCAGGCUUAAUGGAAACUCUGAUACCCAAUUUACACUGAGCCACUUCAUGCGUCUUCACAGGCAGAAAGCUCUCUAAUAUCUGAAAAGCCAAGUAUAAAUGCAACCAGAAGCAUUGAAGUCUGACACAGUUUAGCCAGAUAUUGAAAAAGUAUAAAAGCUUUCAUCUUUCAAAGCCACAUACAUUAUCUGUACUUCUCCCAAGUGUACCUACGCAGUUAGUCAUCGCAGCCAUUGAUUGAACUGUAAGAUUAAAAGGAAACUCCUUUGAUUUUACACAUCAAAGCAUGUUUCCAGGUGUUGGUGGUACUACUGCAUAUGUGAAUAAAGUUGUACAAAGCCUUUUGUAUCUCCAGAGGGAGCUGUAUGAAGUCUGCUAAACGUCCUCAAGUGAUGUCACUCGAGUCAACGGGUCUGAGGACUAAAGGUCAGAAAUGAAAAACAUCUGGGAGUGUGAAGUUAGAAAGAUGAGAGCUUUCCAGACUUCUGUAGCCCACUCCCCAUGUCUGCUUGAGGCUACAUAAGCAUCUAUUAGCAUAACAGACAGUUGCAAGGAAGAAGGAAAGGACAAGGACGAAGACUGUGGGGAAUAAAAAAGACGAUAUCUCUGGUUCUGCAUAUUUGUUGUCCAUUCACGCGAGUUGUCCACCUGUUUUGUGUUAGUUGGUUGAGAGUUUCAAACUAGCUAGCUAAGCCGUUUUUAGCUUAAUUUAUUCUCCUGGAGCCGGUUGCAACAGCUGUACAUAGGUUCAAACUUAGCCUAGUUUUAACAUGUUCACAAAGUGGUUUUUUUUUAUUAAAUGGGUUUCACCACACAAACUAGUUCUUACAUAGAGAUUAGUUGUCACGAAAUGCAUACAUCCACUAACUGCCAGGUGCAACUGCUGUGUAGUUAGCUUAAACAAAUAAUUAAAUGAAUAUCUGAGCCAUUUAGUUCGAUCAGUUGACAUACUCGACAUGUUUUAUAAUGUAAUACUUUAAGAUUUUAAAUUACAUUUCACAAAAACAACACAAUAUACCUCAAAUUUUACUAUAAUAUUUAACUAAAUUAGCAAAUAACAUCAAUUAGAUUGGCACACUUGGAUAUUUUCCACUCAUUCUAUAUUGUAUGAAAACUAUGCUCCCUGAAACACUGAUUUCUCAAAAUAUACAGAAAGAUUUAUGUUUUGUAUCCCUAAAACUGUAAUUUUUGGAAGUUAUGCUAGCUUGCAUUGCUACGGCAACUUCCUGUUCACAUAGUUGAGGGCUCUUGAUUGGACAGCCCUACAGAUGUAUCCUAGCAACAGGUUUACACAUUACUAAAGUCUGUACUAUCUAAAACAUUUGUUGUAAUGGUGAAACCCGAUUUAGUAAAUCACCCCUGACCCCGCAACCUUUGACAGGACUAAGCGACUGUAAAGAACGGACAAAGACCUCUGAAGUGCUUCACACACAUAUUGACAUUUGUCAAUUUGGACAAUUUGGCAAAAGCUGAUUUUUUUAUUAAGCAUCAGCAGCCUGUUUGAUUUCAUUCUUCUUUGUUCCCCACAUGAUAUGAUACUAUUUCACAACAGGUGAACAGGUUAAAAAAAAUGUUUUUUUAAAUAUAAUUUUUAUUUAAACCGCCCAAAAGAUGUUAUAUCACCUGAGUCCUGCUUUAUUUAUUCGCCAGCUACAAAAAUGAUCAAAAUGGGGUAAUGAGACACUGCAAAAGCAACAUAAAUACAGGAUUUUCGUGUUUAAUUGUUGCAGGAGAAUAGACCACAAGAAAUGUGAAGAUUGGACAAAGCAAAUUUAAGAAUGACUUUGUUUGGAAUCACUGUACUGGCAGUCAGACCAUUAGUACAGCAGUCAUCCUUGGCAGUGGUGAGGCCUUAUCCAUGCAUCUCUACAACCAAGAGGACAAGGCUGUGAUUAUGUUGUAUUCCCUGUCUUUUUUUUUCUACAAUCUUUUGUACUGUUAUUUAUACUGUAUUGUAAUUAUGAGUAAAGGGAAGCACUGAAGCUUUCCUUGAAUGUUUUAUUCAUUUGCCGUUUUUUGAUGAUGUGAAAAGAAGCAUCAGUCGAGGAGUUUGCCUUCACUUUUGAAGCCUUUGUGACAAAUUAAAAAUACGUGUCUUUUCUAUUACCUGUUAAGCUAGCUGGUUAUCUGUUGCUCAGUGCAGGAAAUGUGCUGCCGUGGCGUCUUUUUAUUUCCCCUGUCAGUGUCAUUAUUUAGGUUCUGUCAGUGUUUUCAGGAGUUUUUCCCUCCAUGUCAGAGAUGUCUCACUGUGUCAUAAAUUUCAGAGCCGCGCGUAUUCAGCGAGUAAUGUGUGCUUCGAGCAGGUUUUUACAGCAAAUCACAUGCAUAAAAAUGUGAUAUUUUUUGUAUGUAAUUUGUUGAAAUUGUAAAGAUGUUGUACAGAAGUCUUGCUUUUAUUGGGCUGAAAUGUUGAAUACAUACAUUGUAGAUCUUGAAGACUGAUAUUUAUUCUGGAAAAAAGAACGGUUAAGAACACUCUCAUAACACUGAUAUGUAAGUGCACUGAUUGAAGCUGUUAUAGAAAUGUUUAAAUAAGCCUUUGGAGCAGUAAAAAACUAAUGGGAUGUGUACAGAAAGAUGAGGUGGUGGCAAAUUGUAGCGGCAGUUUGGUUUUUUGUGUCCUUUCAAGCUUUUGAUUUGUGCAAUUUUUAUUUAAAAAAAAGGGAAUUUUACAAAGGGAAUAUGUGAAUGACUGGAUGAAUGAUGGCAACUUUGCUGGGAGGUGACACUGAAGCAUGCAGAUUUUUUUGGUUUCCUUUCUAGUUUUGUGUGUGUGUGUGUGUGUUAUACACAUUUGUACAUAAUGUUGAAAAGUACAGCUCUUUUUUUGUUUGAGAACAGGUUGCUAAAUACUCAGGCUGUGCUAACACUCCAUCUUACCAUACAACGGUUUAUGAA